AUGGACAUGGACAAGGAGUUCUACAUGGCCGGGAUGGGCAUGGUGGCAGCACCGGCGAUGAGCCCUGCAGGCUCGUCGGCGGUGACCACGGAACCGGCUAUGGCAGCAGUGGCGACGGCGAGUGAGGAUGAGGGCGACCUGAGGAGGGGCCCAUGGACGGCGCAGGAGGACAUGUUGCUCGUCGACUACAUCUCCAGGCACGGCGAAGGUCGCUGGAACUCUCUAGCUCGAUGUGCAGGUUUGAGGCGCACCGGGAAGAGCUGCCGCCUCCGGUGGCUGAACUACCUCCGCCCCGACGUCCGGCGCGGGAACAUCACGCCGGAGGAGCAGCUGCUCAUCCUGGAGCUCCACUCGCGGUGGGGCAACAGGUGGUCCAAGAUCGCGCAGUGCAUCCCGGGGCGGACGGACAACGAGAUCAAGAACUACUGGCGGACCAGGGUGCAGAAGCACGCCAGGCAGCUCCGCUGCGACGUCAACAGCGACCGUUUCCGCGACGUCGUCAGGCGAGUCUGGAUGCCACGACUCGUCGAGCGCAUGCAGGCCGACGCCGCCGCCGGUGCCGGCGCGGACGUUCCGGUGACGGCGCCGGCGAGGACGAUGAGCUCCCCGGCUGCUACAUCGCAGUACCACAACGUCGAUCACGCGAACAUAGCCGAGCUGAGCCGGACGGUGGCGGUGACCAUGAGCCCCGACACAUCGGGCACGCCCCGGUCUUCUUUGUCGACGGUGGAGACGUCGCAAGGGGCAUAUUUCUCGCCAUGGGGAGCUGCCACGGCAAACGUCCACAGUACGCCGGUGGAGUGCGCCGGCGGCGGAGGUCUGGCAAUGGCCGGGCAUGAUCACGUGAUCCAGGGUGACGAGCUCAGUGGGAGCUGGUCGGAGCUCCUCGCGGCCACCAAUCUCCCAGAAUUCGAGCUCGGUGACUUCGACGACAACUUGUGGAGCCUAGAGGACGUUUACUUGCAGCAGAGCUGCUGAUCGAUUGAUGGUGACAUGAGCAAUCCAAAAGACGAAGUAAGAGCCAAUAUCAACAAUGAGGGAAAAUGUACAAGUGGUGCUGCAUGAGAGGAAAUUUGACAGGAAACAAUUAGCGUUGUCCAUAGUGUGACAUAGUAUGCGAAAUUCGAUGCAUGUACUUACAAGAUUUUGAGUGUUAGCUUGUUCUAGUCUUAUAAUUAAGGUUGCUAGUGUUCAUUCUUCAUAUCUUGUUAAAUUCCCCACAUCGAUCCCCAAUUGUAAAAAGACUAUAUAUAUGUAGUAUGUACUUGAAGAGUUGAAGUUC